GGGGAAGAGGGAGCGAGCGCCGAGCAGGGCCACCCAGGCAGAAGGGGGGAUCGCGCCCGGCACGCACCGCCGCCGAGACCGGCUUGAAGGACCACGCAGGAAUCCCCCCCCCCGGACCCAACGCGGCGAGACCUGUGGGGGUGAGGCAAUGGGCAGCCCUGAAGACGACUUGAUUGGGAUCCCUUUCCCAGAGCACAGCAGCGAGCUCUUGGGACGCCUGAACGAGCAACGCCGGCGGGGGGUGCUGUGCGACGUGACCCUGCGGACUCAGGGCUCGGAAUACCGGACCCACCGAGCUGUGCUGGCUGCGUCCAGCCGCUACUUCCAACGGCUCUUUGCGGGGCCAGGCAUGGGGGUGUGCGAGCUGGAUUUUGUGGGUGCCGAGGCUCUGGGGGCCCUCCUGGACUUUGCCUAUACUGCCACACUGACCAUCAGCACAGGAAGCCUCGGCGAGGUGUUGCGUGCCGCCCGCCUCCUCGAGAUCCCUUGCGUCAUCGCGGCCUGCGUGGAGAUCUUGCAAGGCAAUGGCCUGGAAGCCCCCGUCCCUGACGAUGCUGCCCGGGAGCGUGCCCGCCGAUAUCUGGAAGCCUUUGCCACCCUGCCCAAUGUGGAAGGGGACUUGGCCGAGCCCCCGGCUUGUCCAGCCCCCCGCCGCAGCAAGAAAACCCGCAAGUUUCUGCAAACCAAAGGCUCCCGCCUCAACAGUCAUGUGGCGGAACAAUCGCUUUCUCCGUCCCCGUCCUCGACUGGGACGCAGGAGCGCCCAAGCCCCCCCAGCCAGGCCUCUCCUGUGCCCGCCUUUGGCCUCCCCAGAGAGGACGAGGAAGAGGUACUGCAACCCUCUCGCAUGUAUCCGUACAUAUACGCCAGGGGACUCUCGCCCGAGGAUCCAGGUUCGGACGAAGAGCCGGUUGACCCCAACAGCAUGAACUGCAUGCGCUCGUUGAUCACACAUGGGCUGGCUCCGGGUCUCGACGCUCCUGACAAGCUGGUGCGCAAGCGCCGCUCACAGAUGCCGCAGGAGUGUCCUGUCUGCCACAAGAUUAUCCACGGCGCCGGGAAGUUACCCCGCCACAUGCGCACCCACACUGGGGAGAAGCCAUUUGCCUGCGAGGUCUGUGGGGUCCGCUUCACUCGGAAUGAUAAGCUGAAGAUCCAUAUGCGGAAACAUACAGGCGAGCGCCCCUAUUCUUGUCAGCACUGCCCGGCUCGCUUCCUGCAUAGCUACGACCUGAAGAACCAUCUCCACCUGCACACGGGCGCUCGCCCCUACGAGUGCUGCCUUUGCCACAAGGCCUUCGCCAAAGAUGACCACCUGCAGCGCCACCUCAAGGGCCAGAACUGCCUGGAGGUGCGGACGAGGCGCCGGCGUCGUGGCGGCGACCACGAAUCCGAGUCUUUGCCCACUGCAGGGACGCCCCCGUCCGCUGCUGACCUUGAGUUGACCAAUGGGCAAAUCGAGGGGCUCCUCUCGCUCACCCGCUACUGGAAUCAUGACCGCGCCCAUCAGGCCCCGUCUCCUGUUCCCAAAGAGGAGGAGGAAGAGGAAGAGGAGGAGGAGGAAGAAGGCGUCCUGGAAAAGAUGCAAACCGACGGGCCAGAGGCAGUAGAAAUGGCGUAAGGCCGAGGCCUAGGCCUCGACCCUGCCUUGCUUAGACUGUUGCCAUGGUGACUCUGUAGGGACUAGAUGCACUAUUUCCCCCCACCUCCCAGCCUGUGCUAUGCUGUUGUUAUGGGGAAGGUAUCAUGGUACCAAGCUGUUGCUACGGCAACGGGAUGCACUAUGCCCUACCCUCUCCCCCGGUUGGGCUGCCUCCGUGCCUUUAUCGGCCUCUAAGGGGAGCGGGGAGAGGUAAUUCUGAACCAAAGUGAUCCCCAACAUGGGACGAGGUGGAGUGGGAACAAACAUACGAAGAAUGUGUGUACUCAGGAUUGGGGAAAAAAGCAGUUGUGUAAGGGCAGAACGGGGGUCCCUACUUCCUGGGGGGAGGAACCCACAAAAAGCAGGUGGGCUACAUUUGGGGGAGAGGUGGUGGCAGCUGGCGUACCAUAAGCCUCAGACCCUGCCUUUUUAGGUUGUAUCCCUCCCCACCCUUGUGGAAGGUUGGGGCCGGGGCUAAGGGGAAGAGAGACAGCCAGACUCCCUGGGGAAAAAAAGAUGGCGCCAAAGAGGCUUGGAAGAGUGCCAGGACUCCUGGGUUCCAUGCCCACUUCCGGGUCACGUUGCCCUCUUCCCGUAGGACUCCUAUGAAGCAAAAAAGGAGAGGGGGGGGGGAAGGCUUUGGUGAUAUUGUUCUCUCUCUCCCUUCCCCCUUUGGGACAUGGCGGCUGAUUUUCGGGAUCCGUGCCAGGCUUGGAGGCUUUGCCUGGUGUCAGGCUGGGGGGCGGGGGGCGGGGGGCGGAGGCGUUCUCCCCACCCAGGGCAGUCCCUGUCCUGACUGGAGUAACAGGCCGUGCCCGGGGCCGUUGCUGCUGCACCUUGUUCUUUGGCACGGCCAAGGCCGGGGCUGUGUCAGGCUGGGCUCCUGCUGCCCCCUGGUGGGUCUCUCGCACACUGCACCUGGCCAGAUUCUCCGCCACCCUUAAUUCACCCCAAGGGGUUGGGAGUGGGGGAAAUGCCACUUCGCGUGUGGGCCUCUGCCCCAAUGUCCUUGCAACGCCUGCGGGCAUACCCUUCUUGACCAAGAAUUUAGCACUUGGAGGUGAGGGUGAGGGGAAAAGGGGGUCCCGUCUGUUCCCGAAUCAUAGAUUUAUGCGAUCUAUGUGACCUUUUCGCAGGAAAAUUUACACUGUGCAUCAAUCGGAGUGGGCACGAGGGUGGCACAAAACGGCACAAAUUCUUGUGCCUUCCCUCGUCUUCAGCUUUAUAUGCACCCCGUUCUAUUCUCUACCACUCUGUUGCACUAGAGUAUGCCAGUCAAUGGGGGUGU